GUCUCCGCUGGGCGCUCCGGGGAUCAGCUGGCGGGCGGGCGGGCGCCGAACGCGGCCCCGGCUCUCGCUGCAGCGCCGCCUCUUCUCCGCGUCUUAGGCCGGCCCGGCGGCCGUGACAAUGUUGCAGGGCUGGUAGCUGGGCGCCAGCCGCCGAGCUGUCUCAAGUUUAAACUUACACGAAUCGCUCUCUUGAGGAGGAGGGGACCGCGGCGCGAUUGACACGCAUAUUCCUAUAGGCAUCCUCCCUCAGCCCCCACCCCCACGGCCGGAUUCGGGUGGCUCCUCUCCGAGCUGAAAUCCGAGAAGAAAUCCUUGGAUCUCUUGUUUUCUUUAAAAAAAAAAAAAAAAAAAAAAAUCCAGAAACCGUCGGUGUUUUGCUUUACUGCUUCCUAUUCGCAAGAUGAAGAAGUUUUUCGACUCCCGGCGAGAGCAGGGCGGCUCUGGCCUGGGCUCCGGCUCCAGCGGAGGUGGGGGCAGCACCUCGGGCCUGGGCAGUGGCUACAUCGGAAGGGUCUUUGGCAUUGGGCGACAGCAGGUCACUGUGGACGAGGUGUUGGCGGAAGGUGGAUUUGCUAUCGUGUUUCUGGUGAGGACAAGCAAUGGAAUGAAAUGUGCCUUGAAACGCAUGUUUGUCAACAAUGAGCAUGAUCUCCAGGUGUGCAAGAGAGAAAUCCAGAUAAUGAGAGACCUAUCGGGGCACAAGAACAUUGUCGGUUACAUUGACUCCAGUAUCAACAAUGUGAGCAGUGGUGAUGUAUGGGAAGUGCUCAUUCUGAUGGACUUCUGUAGGGGAGGCCAGGUGGUCAACCUGAUGAACCAGCGCCUGCAAACAGGUUUUACGGAGAAUGAAGUGCUUCAGAUAUUUUGUGAUACCUGCGAAGCUGUUGCCCGCCUGCAUCAGUGCAAAACUCCUAUUAUCCACCGUGACCUGAAGGUUGAAAAUAUCCUCUUGCAUGACCGAGGCCACUACGUCCUGUGUGACUUUGGAAGCGCCACCAACAAAUUUCAGAAUCCACAAACUGAGGGAGUCAAUGCAGUAGAAGAUGAGAUUAAGAAAUACACAACGCUGUCCUAUCGAGCACCAGAAAUGGUCAACCUGUACAGUGGCAAAAUCAUCACUACGAAGGCAGACAUUUGGGCUCUUGGAUGUUUGUUGUAUAAAUUAUGCUACUUCACCUUGCCAUUUGGAGAGAGUCAGGUGGCAAUUUGUGAUGGAAACUUCACAAUUCCUGAUAACUCUCGAUAUUCCCAAGACAUGCACUGCCUAAUUAGGUAUAUGUUGGAACCAGACCCUGAUAAAAGGCCGGAUAUUUACCAGGUGUCCUACUUCUCAUUUAAACUACUCAAGAAAGAAUGCCCAAUUCCUAAUGUACAGAACUCUCCCAUUCCUGCAAAGCUUCCUGAGCCAGUGAAAGCCAGUGAGGCAGCUGCAAAAAAGACCCAGCCAAAGGCCAGACUGACAGAUCCCAUUCCCACAACAGAGACUUCAAUUGCACCCCGUCAGAGGCCUAAGGCUGGGCAGACUCAGCCAAACCCAGGAAUCCUUCCUAUCCAGCCAGCCCUGACACCUCGGAAGAGAGCCACGGUUCAGCCCCCACCCCAGGCUGCAGGAUCCAGCAAUCAGCCUGGUCUUUUAGCCAGUGUUCCCCAGCCAAAAACCCAGCCCCAACCCAGCCAGCCUCUACCCCAGUCUCAGCCCAAGCAGCCCCAGGCUCCACCCACCCCACAGCAGACGCCGCCCACCGCCGUCCAGGCUCUGCCCACUGCGGCCCAGGCCACGCCCCAGCACCAGCCGCAACUCUUCCUCCAGCAGCCGCCGCCGCCGCCGCCGCCGCAGCAACCGCCCCAGCAGCAGCCGCCACCUGCCCAGCAGCCCGCGGGCACGUUUUACCAGCAGCAGCAGCAGCAGCAGGCCCAGGCCCAGCAGUUUCAGGCAGCACACCCAGCCGCCCAGCAGCCGGCCCUCGCCCAGUUCCCGGUGGUGUCGCAAGGCAGCUCGCAGCCGCCGCUGACACAGAACUUCUACCAGCAGCAGCCGCCGCAGCUGGCCGCGAGCGUGCACCAACAACAGCUGCUGACUCAGCAGGCCGCCUUGCAGCAGAAGACCGCCGCGGCGGCCGGACAGCAGCCCCAGGCGCCGCCCGCUGCAGCCCCGCCGGCGCCCGCGGCCCAGGAGCCGGCGCAGAUUCAAGCCCCAGUAAGACAACAGCCAAAGGUUCAAACAACCCCACCUCCUGCCGUCCAGGGGCAGAAACUCGGAUCUCUCACUCCUCCAUCAUCCCCCAAGACCCAACGUGCUGGGCACAGACGGAUUCUCAGUGACGUAACCCACAGCGCAGUCUUUGGGGUCCCUGCCAGCAAAUCAACCCAGCUGCUCCAGGCAGCUGCAGCUGAGGCCAGCCUCAAUAAGUCCAAGUCUGCAACCACCACUCCAUCAGGCUCUCCUCGGACCUCCCAGCAAAACGUUUAUAAUGCUUCAGAAGGUUCUACGUGGAAUCCCUUCGAUGAUGACAAUUUCUCCAAACUCACAGCUGAGGAACUGCUGAACAAGGACUUUGCCAAGCUGGGGGAAGGGAAACAUCCUGAGAAGCUUGGAGGCUCCGCUGAGAGUUUGAUCCCAGGCUUUCAACCAGCUCAAGGUGAUGCUUUUGCCACUCCCUCGUUUUCCGCCGGAACCGCUGAAAAAAGGAAGGGUGGGCAGACUGUGGAUUCUAGCCUCCCGCUUCUAAGUGUAUCUGAUCCUUUCAUUCCUCUUCAAGUACCUGAUGCACCAGAAAAACUAAUUGAGGGACUCAAAUCUCCUGACACUUCUCUCCUGCUCCCUGACCUCUUGCCUAUGACAGACCCUUUUGGUAGCACGUCCGAUGCUAUAAUUGAAAAAGCCGAUGUUGCCGUUGAGAGUCUCAUACCAGGACUGGAGCCCCCAGUGCCCCAGCGCCUUCCAUCUCAGACGGAAUCUGUGACCUCAAACCGCACAGAUUCUCUCACCGGGGAAGAUUCCCUGAUUGAUUGCUCCCUGCUUUCUAACCCUACUACUGACCUUCUGGAAGAGUUUGCCCCCAUAGCGAUCUCUGCUCCAGCCCAUAAAGCUGCAGAAGAUAGUAAUCUCAUCUCAGGUUUUGAUGUCCCUGAGGGCUCGGACAAGGUGGCAGAAGAUGAAUUUGACCCUAUUCCUGUAUUGAUAACCAAAAACCCACAAGGUGGGCACUCUAGAAACAGCAGUGGGAGCUCUGAGUCCAGUCUUCCCAACCUAGCCAGGUCUUUACUGCUGGUGGAUCAGCUCAUAGACCUGUAGCCGUGACCCAGUAGCAGAUGCAGUUCUGUAACCUUCACACCGUAAUAUACAUUUUCAUUACGGAGUUAUAAGAGAAAUGAUUUUUUUAAAAAUCUGCUAAUAAGGGGCCCUCUAGCCCUUAUCUCCUAUCCCUUGCCUUCUCCUGUAGAAAAUGAUAAGGAAAGAAAAUCACUUUGGCCCUCCAGAUAUUCCUUGGCCAGUUCCUCCCUGUUAGUUUGCUGUGUUUUCUCAUUACCCUUCUUCAAUAGCAUUAUCUUAAAUCAAGCGCUAGAUGCCAUGAGCUUCACCUCUGCUGGAAUCAACUCCACCCAAAGCUUAACUGUAACUGAAACUAGUGAAUUGACACCUUUGUCUCAUUCUUGCUAGGAAUGGCCUCCCAAACCAAUCCUCCCAGCCCCUGUCUCCUUUGGCCAGAUGCUGAUGAAUGUGUUUCUCUGUUUUUGCUUUUUAUGCUGCUGCAUUACCAUGAGGACAUGGCUUCUUCAGUUGGUUUUAACUCUAGGCUGUAGCCUAGAGAUGGGUGUGUGACUUAAGAGAGGGUAAAACUGACUGACGGAUGGGAUAUGUUUGAAAAGAGAAAUUGAGCCCAGCUCUAGCCAACCAGCUUUGACCUUGUUUGAUUCAUAGAUUUAGCCAAGGGAUUUUACACCCCAUGCAACCUGCCCAGCAUUCAUCCAGCAUUCUGGCUCCCAUUGAACUGUGAUUUCUCAGAUCUGGAGACGUGACUGCAAGUACUUGAGAUCCUUGGAUAAAAUGUGUACAUUAUAUAAAACCCAAGUAUUGCCAUUCCUUUUCGUGUUAACUGUCCCGAGCCGGGAUCUCAGAAUUAGACCAAAACAAGACAAUGGUGGUAAUAUGAUACCUUUUAUUAGAAGACUUUUCACUGGGGGGUGGAUGGGGGAGGGGAAGGAAUUGUAGCAGAAACAGAUGUAUUUUUCUUGUGAUUUUUAUUUUGAAUCAAAUAUUGUAAAUUGUGUAUAAAUGAAGACGCUGAAUAGUUCUGUUUCCACUUGAUGUUUCAAGUCUGAUAUCAGGUGUCUGUACAGGGUUUUGAUCUCUUUCCCUUGUAUUAACUACACAGCAAUCCUACAGUGUAACAUAUGGAAUCAUUUUGAGUAGACUUGUGUGUUGCUAUACGCUUUCAGCAGGUCCUCUGUCUUUGUAGAAUAAGCAUGUUGUUUAUUUUCAGAUAAUCAGAAAUAAGUGUGCUGACAAGCUAGGCACAAUUUGAUUCUGGCUACUUACCUUUCUUUCUCUAUGAUGUUUGAAUCGAAGGAUGCAGCCAAUGAAAUAUGCUCAGUUGGUUUUCCUUGGCUUCCUAGAUUAAAAAAACAAAACAAAGUGUAGUUCCUCACUAACCUUAGAAUAUUGUUCAUAAAAUAAAUAAAGGACCCUGCACUGACAUGACAACAUGCCUCAUGGUCACCCUCUGUAUAUGUCCUUACUCAUUGAAGUGUAUUUUUUUUCCCUUACAUAGAAAGCAAUUUUAUAAAAUUGCUCUUUUGAAAAGCGGUGGGCACAGAGAAACCCAUUGUGGUUCUCUUCCUUGAGUGCCAUUUUCCAUGAUCAGAAGGGGAAACUCUUAGUUGAUCAGAUUUGUACAAAUAAAAUUCCGAGCUCAUUUGCUUGUUUCUCUGUCUAGUACUUUUGUUUCUUCUUCCUCACGUUUGCACUUUAAGGGGAAAAAAAAAGAAAGUUGAGCAGCAACAACAGCCUGCAAAACACUGCACUUUGGAGGUCAAGCUUUGACCCCAGAAAUGUGAGAGCAGCCUUUGAAAGGCAGCGAAGGAAAAGUCUGAAUCUUUCAGUCUUCCUUCUGACUUUAAAUACUUCCUGUGGCAGCUGAAACUAGCUGAGCUAAGUAAAGCCCUCUAUUAGGAUAAUGGAUCAUUUCCAAGAUUGAGGGAGGCACAACCUUCCUGCUGAAGAUAAAAAAAGGUGUCCUUGAAGAGCUCUCCAUGAUUGGAUAGCAGUGAAAAUGGGACUCGGUUUGCCCCUUUAUGGACAGGAAUAUUACUGAAGAUCAAAACUGUAUUCUUUUUCCUGGACAUAGAAAGAAUGUAUAAACUAAUGAAGGAAAUGUUUAUUUUUAAAUAAGAACAAUGUUUUAUGCCUAUGUUUUCCAAUUUGGUUUUUUUUCAUACAUAUGCAUGUUAGAAAUAUAACGAAACAUCUAGUUUCUCAAUAUAAUUAAAAAAGUGAAGAGUACAGUUUAGAAAUUCGGUAUCUCUAAAUUGUUCCUUUCAUGUAUUACCCAUAAUCACAUUGAGAUAUAUUCUCUAGUCAUCUGGCUCAACAAAGCUUAAUGGGAACUGUUAAUGAAAAUGAACAGACUAGAAGCCAGAGAUUGGAUGGAGGAAGUCUGAGAGAGAUAAUGACAUGAAAUCAUCUUGGGUUUAUUCUUUAGGAAUAGGACCUCAAAGGGGAGAACUCUGUUUCUGUUAAGUUAGGGAAUCCAUGUGAGUGACUCGGUAAAUGGGACCUCCUUUAGUUUAUAGCUUCAUCCCUGAGCUUAAAGGGUUGAUUUGAUAUGACACUAGACACACUACAGUGUCUGAUAAUUGGUAGACAUAGGAAACUCAAGACUGAGCCACAAGCGGGAUCAGAGAGACCAGUCUCUAGUCCAUCCACUUUCUCUCACAGGGGUGGGGUCUGAGGCCGGGCCAUGGGAGAAGAGGCCUGGGCAGGACAGGCCACCUGGGGUCUCUCCCUGAACUUUGCCAGUCACCGGCCAAGUAGCCAUCAGCAGGCACUUCACUUCUGAGAGCGGUUGUUCCUUAUGUAUACAAUGAUGAGUUUGGACUGGAUGGUCUUUAAGCUUAUGGAAUUCUAGAGUUCUACGUACAUAUUAUUAUGCUUUGGAAGGAUUAUGAAGGAUCUGUGUAAUCCUGAUGUUCUUCAGCUAUCUUCUGUUACUGGAGCAGUAUUUACAUUUUAGAGAAUUAUAAUGGGCCUUUACUAACUUGGGUGGCUCUUCCUUGGUUAUCUGAAUAGAAGCUUACAUUAUUGGACAGUUUGGGACAUAGAUUUUUCUUUCAAAUAUCUAGAUACCAUUUUUUUCUUUUUUAAAUGGCCCUACCUAUUCUAACAAAACAGUAUCAGAAGACUUCAAUUCUUUUAAAAUAUAUAAUCUGUGAUCUGGCACUUAAAAAUGGGCAGAUACUAUAAGCAUAUGUUUCUGAUUUGCUUUAGUCCAACUGUGCAAGAGUAGUAACUAUACCAGAACACAUCACAAUUUUUUUUUUCCCUUACAGCAUUCAAAUGACUAGAUCACCAAAUUUAAGUCCCAGUAUUUUUAAAAACAUAGGCCUCAGAGGAGAUAAGGUUUAAAUGGACACUUCUAACUACGAUCAUAAUUAAUGAGUUCUUCAGCAGACAUACCAGAAUUUUGGCCACUCACUGAGUGUUGUUCCCUUCAAAGGCAUCUGGUUUUACUUGGGGAGCUAAUACUUAACUCUAGUAAUGCUGCCUUCACUUAGGUUAAUUAUGAAACUACCCCCCUCCUUAGAAAUACCAUCAAGGAGGGGCACCUGGGUGGCUCAGUCGGUUAAGCGACUGCCUUCGGCUCAGGUCAUGAUCCUGGAGUCCUGGGAUCGAGUCCCGCAUCGGGCUCCCUGCUCGGCAGGGAGUCUGCUUCUCCCUCUGACCCUCCCCCCUCUCAUGUGCUCUCUCUCAUUCUCUCUCUCUCAAAUAAAUAAAUAAAAUCUGAAAAAAAAAAAAAAAGAAAUACCAUCAAGGACAGUAAUAAGGUGUAAGAAGAUCCGUUGAAUUAUUAUCUAAUUAGCAUUGCUUUCAGUACCUGGAAGUAUGUUCUCUUUCUUGAUCUUUUCCCAUGACUCCUGGUUCUGAAUCCCAUUUCGCUGUUUCCAAAAAGGGAAAUCACCCCCACUCCCCGCCAUGAAGCAUGGUUACUAUUAAAGACAGUAAAAGGAAUAAUCCACAGAAAAUUCCCAGAGAGGACCUUAUAAUGGAAAGUGACAACAAUCAGUGUUAAUUUCCUUUAUUCUGAAUAAGGGAACUUCCAUAAUUUCACCUGUCUUUGGUAGUUUAGAAAAUGGAAAGAUGUGGAUUUUAAAAUAAUCUCUGAAAGAAGUUGUCGCUGUGUCCGGUGUCAUUUGAUAUUGGACUUGGCUCUUCUUCAAUUAGAAUUAUAGAACUUGGAUUGCUAAUAAUUAUAGGGGAACAAACUCAAGAAGAACCUGUUUUUCUCAAGAUGAAAUUUUCGUUUUGUUUAUAAUACUUUUUUCCCCUGCUCUCCUGGCAGGUAAUUGAUCAUUUUGAUUCGAACUAACACAGUUUUCCCCAGGUCAGGAACAGUCCGCCUUCAGCAAUUUUAGAGGAAGGAGAAGACCUUUGGGGUUGACCUCAGCCCAGAAGUAUGGAGGGAUCUGAGUUUAGCUGAAGAAAUGCACACUGUAGAUACCUUGGGCCAAAGUAAAGUCUCCCAUGAUGAUGUUUGUCUAAAUUUCCAGGAGUCUUUAACUUUCUCUGGCUGUAACAUUACCAGGACCAUGUAGCCACUAACUUAGAGUUUAGGGACAAAAAUGACAGGAUUGCCCAAAGUACAAAAUUAAGCAAAUUAGAGGCUGCCGGGCAGAACAGAGAAACUAUCAGAGGGAUAUUUAAAAUGAAAUCUUUACGGAAACACUCCAGAUAAUACAAAGCUAUCUUUUAUUCCUCUCUAGAGACUAUAAUUUUACCAACACAAAGUUAGUCUUUUCAUUUUCCACACUAGUCAUGUUCCUGAAGUUGGAUGUACUUGGGUUUCUUGAGUCAAAAUGAAUCCCAGAUGGCCUCCGUUUCAAAUAAUCUGUAACAAGAUACUCCUUUGUUUAUCCUGGGUUUCCUUCCGUUCACUAAAGUGGAGGAGGGAGGUUCUUUGGGUAAUGCUAACUUAUGCAAAGCUACCAAAUGGUGGUGGUUGCUUGAACGGAAGACACUUUCUUGGUUCCCACUCUGAUGUAGUGUCCUGACUUCACUCUUUUUCCUGUGAGUAUUCUACUCCACCCUAUUGCACAGCCCCUUGUCACAUGGAUGUAUAUUUACCACAGGUCUUUAUCAUGUCCUCCCCAAGAAGACAAAGCAAACAGGUACGCGAAGCUACCUUAUACAGUAAAAAUAUGAAAUUUAAACAUUGCUAUGCCAGUAUUGUAUUAAAAAAAAAAGUCUGUAAACAAUUUAUUAUGUAAGCGUACAGGGGAAUAAAGACUUAUCUGUUCAAACAGGAGCCUGAUGUUCACAGAUGUAAAUAACUUACAGUAGCUGCUGCUUUCCUGAUCUGAAAACCCACUUGUGCAAAAAGGACUUAAACCCACUGUUGAGUGACAGUAAGUACCUGUGCACAAGGAAAGUGCAGACACGUGCUGAGGACUUUUACUGAGUCAUGGCUUUUGAGGUUUGCCUUUGCAGUCAGGGGGAAGAAAACCCCUGUGAGCCUGCAUUUGAUAGACUAGACUCGGGUUUGCAAAUGGAGCACGGAUUUCACCUUCGACAUACCCAGGCCAGUUUAAUCAAACAUUUGAUGUUGGCACCAGCAGUUUUAUGCCCAGGGACAAAGCUGUCUCAUUUCAUUGCUCCACUGGUUUGAGAGACACAGCAUCACUGGCCUGCAUCGGCUCCCACCAAAUCCCUAUUCCCCAGGCACGGGUGUUAAUGCCACUGCACAGCAGAGGGUAGAACCAAACCCUUCAUUUUAUUAUCUAAGCUGGGGAAGGUCCUGGAAAUUAUUAAUUUGAUGUACAUCUCUUGAUUCCCUGAUUUGGCCCAAGAGUGUGAAUUUCAGCUGGUGCUGCAUUUCUGACCUUCUUGUGAAGGGGUAGUUGGCUUUCUAUUUGCUAAAUGUAUGGGAAGGUUUCUCAGGACUCCCAAGUCUUCAUUUUCAGUUUUCAGCAAGAAUUAUGUCUUCGAUACUGCUUGUAACUGAGAUUUCAGUUUACAGUGUGGGGGAAAGUAAAAUGCUGGCGGUGCGUGAUGUAUUGCACUAAAGAAUAUCCAGCCUGGAAUUUCAGUCUUCAGAUUCUGAUUUUUCUGAAUGCACUCUGACCGCCCCCCUCAUUAUGUUCAUCAGAUCAAGUCCCCAGGGUAAACCUACCCCAAAUCAUUCAGCCCUUACGGUUGCUUUGAAAGUUAAUAGGCAGUUAGUGAGGAGAGUUGCCAAGUCAUCAGAGAGUCUGGGGGACUCCUUUCCUACUCUGUCAAGCAUAUGAACUCUUACUGAAAUCUCCAUAAAUUUAGAGCCUCAAAAGAGACUAAAAUGCAGUUACCCCUCGUAGAAGUCUCAAAAAGUGUGCUCACGCGUAACCUUGCACACAGUCCUACGUGAGAGCAAGAAAAAACAGCAUGUCUUGCCUUCUCGCUUAAUUUAAUGGGACUAAACCCAAAUUAAAAGAGACCUAACCCAGCUUGAGGGGAUCAGAGCAAAAUGCCCUACUUUAGGCUUCAUGAUAAGGAAGACCCUUGCGUAGCCUAUGAGACCAGGUCCUGGAUUGAAGGCCUCCACUCCUCACGAACAGCUGGUUGGCUUUAUUGUGCUCUGUGGUCACGGGGUGUCUGCUGUGCAUGCUGUUGGUUGCCAGAGGAAUGGGGCCAAGACGUGAGGUUAAAUUAGUCCAGAUCCUUCUUUGCUAGUAGCCAGACUACUUCAAACACGUUUUCCUAAUAGUGCAAGGCCAUUUUCCUAUACAAGGAUUGUUCACCUUGAAAACACAUGCUUUCCCUACAAGAACAUACAUACUCACAUUCCAGAAAAGACCUCUAACUGCCCACAAGAUUUAAUGUCCAUCUUCUGCUUACAGUUAUUUAGAAUCUCUCCUUCUCUUGACGACUUUGUGUCUCGUGCUGAGGGCAUAUGGAUGUCUGUGUUUCCCCAAACCCACCGGCAUUCUAUGGUCUCCAGAAUGCCCGGCUUGGGAGAGCUGCAAAGGGUGCUUGCUCUCUGCUGUAGUCACACUACACCUUCUCGAAAAAGAAUGAAGAGGUUAAGAGACUUGGCCUUCUCGGGAAAAUCCUUUAAACGUAAUUUUCCAACCCUAGAAAGCAGAUUCCUGCUGAAAAAUAGAAACAUGUCUGGCGUUGUUUUGAAGAACAGGAAACAAGUUUCCCCUUCAGACUCAGUGUCACAGGGUUUUUGUGACUGGGCUUGUGAGUUUUUGAAAGUUCUUGAAAUUUUAGGUAUGAUUUUCCUAUUAUGUAAUAUCGAGGUCCCAGAAUAUGCUAAUUUGACAGGCUUCCAGUUGACCAAGAACCCGCUUUUUAAAGUAAUUUGGUUAGGUUAAGCAUGUUCUUCUAUCCCGUCCAGCUCUGGAUAUGGUCUCCUCUACCUGGUAUUUGAUAGUUCUCAAAGUGUAA